AUGAAGAGAAGCAAUGCAUUGUCGACAGACACUGGGAAAAAAUCACAUAAGAAAGCCAAAGAGGUAUUUCGACCCAUUAUUCAACGGCCAUCACAGUCUAAUCCUUCAAACUUCGUUGAAAAUUCAUCAACACAUACUGUCCCAUUAAGUAGUGUUUUUCAAAGUUUUAAACAUGCGACACAGAGAUCAAGAGUUGCAAGAAAGGAAAUCCUGGAUAACAGAAGAACAAUUGGCAUUACCACCUCAAAUAGAGGCCCCCAUUCUGAGACGCAAAGAUCACCUAGCACUGUAAUGUUGACUGGUUGUGGAAACGGCCCGCACCCUGCGAUUAAUAGCAUAGGUAGAAUUGGUAACCUAGAAGGAUCUGAACGGAGUACCAACAUUUCAGCCAGGAAACGAAAGAUUCUUGGAUCACCUCCAUCGGUGAAUUCAAAGAGAAGACAAACGAAAGGUAACAACGGUUAUUACUAA